AUGAAGUUCUUUGAGAACGUGUUCACUUAUGACUACUCCUUCCCUGCCGUCUCCCUCGCCUACUUCCUCCGCUAUCCCAACCCUUACUCGCGUCAUGUUUUGACCACCGACGUGAUCGACCGCUAUGUCGAUCCCCAAACCCAGCGUUUGCACACCGUGCGAUUGCAUUUGAAAAAAUCAAAAGUUCCCUCGGGAAUCCUCAAACUCCUCCCCAAAGGAAUGAGUGGCUCCGACAGCUCCGGUCAAAGCUACAUUCUCGAGACCACCGUCGUGGAUCCCAUCGAAGGUUGGAUGGAGACCGAGUCGCGCAACAUGGAGUGGACGGGAAUCCUGAGCGUGGUGGAGAAACAGCGAUACCAGCGCCAGCUGACUGACGGCAGUGAGCAAGCCCUUGAUGGCCUGUCAAUUGAUAAGAAAGAGCAGACCACCGUGCGGACCACUGUCACGUUCCUGUCCCGCCUCGGGCAGGGUAAACUGCUCACGCGCAAGAAGGCAGACGCUGCGGAUCAGCCGGACUUGGAUGAAGAGGCUCCCAAGAAAGGGUUCUUCUCUUCCUUGUCCACUGCCGGUAUCCAACGGACCAUCGAAUUGAUCGGGGUCAGCAGGACUCGUGAUGCCAUUGUGAAAAGUAAGCAAGGCAUGAACGUGGUUCUUGAACGCCUGCGCCAUGGAGGUAUUGUCGGUGUACUCGAAGGCAUGCGUCAGGAUCGCGAGGCCAUUCUCGGGCCCGAUGGUCCAUGGAAGCGCGUGUGGAUGCAGGGCAAUGGUCUCAAAGAGCGCGUCUAUAAUGAUGAUGACGACAACUGA